AUGGCUGAAGCUCAAACACGUGAAGAUUACGUCUAUCUAGCCAAGCUCGCUGAGCAGGCCGAGCGUUAUGAAGAAAUGGUGGAAAACAUGAAAAACGUUGCAUCUGCCGAUCAAGAACUCACCGUUGAAGAACGUAAUCUCUUGUCCGUCGCUUACAAGAACGUAAUCGGUGCUCGAAGAGCUUCUUGGCGUAUUGUUUCCUCAAUCGAACAAAAAGAAGAGUCCAAAGGCAACGACACCCAAGUUGGUUUCAUCAAGGAAUAUCGUUCAAAAAUCGAAGAAGAAUUGACCAAGAUAUGUGAUGACAUUUUGGAGGUACUGGACCGUCACCUGAUCCCAUCGGCAGCGACAGGCGAAUCCAAAGGCGAUUAUCACAGAUAUCUCGCUGAGUUUGCUACCGGGGAAAGACGUAGUCAAUCCGCCGAUAAAUCCUUGGAAGCCUACAAAGCUGCUAAUGAAGUUGCCGUCACUGAGCUUGCUCCUACUCAUCCAAUUCGAUUGGGAUUAGCACUGAAUUUCUCUGUGUUCUACUAUGAAAUUUUGAAUUCCCCUGAUCGAGCUUGCCACCUAGCUAAGCAAGCGUUCGAUGAUGCCAUCGCAGAGUUGGAUACCCUCAGCGAAGAGAGUUACAAGGAUUCGACGUUAAUUAUGCAGUUAUUGAGGGACAAUUUGACACUUUGGACGUCAGAUAUCCAGGAUAGCAAUGAUAAGCCCGAGGUUGCCAAAGAUGAAGAGGUUGCACCAAAAGAAGAAAAUCCUUAA